GCGACCGCGGGUCCCGCACUGCUGAGGAGCGGAGUCUGCGGCUGGGGGACCACCCCCAUCCCUGGCUGUCCCCCAACUGCGCGUCUUCACGCAACACCCGCGGCCGAGCCACCACUGGUGUGGCGGUCUCUGCUUCGCGGAAGAGCCUUCAGCGGUCACCCGACCCCUCUCCACAGCUUCUUUGCAUCUCGGAUUUCGGGGCAGCCCCCUCCCCCACCUCUCCUUGCCUCUUUGCACCCCGAUUUUUUCUGCAUUUCGCUCGGGUUUUACAGCCGUCUAUUUUUGCAUCCUUUUUCGUUUUGUUUCUAGGAGGUUGGGGGGCUGAAGCUGCAUUCGCACCCCUUCCCCUUUUUAUCCUCCCCUGCUCUGACAAUCCCCUUUUCAUCGCAGUUGGGGGGCCUAGGAUCGUUGCAUCCCACGCCGCACUGCUACAACCCGCAGCGCGUGGCCGUGCACCUCGGAAUUUGCAGUAGCUGCAUAUCUAAAGGGGGUCUCCCUCUCCCCCGCUGCCUUUGCUCCCAACGCGUUCCGGUGCGUGGGUUGGGGGUGCUUCAGCGCGCCGCACCCCAGCUUCUCCGUUGCCCCCCGCCGCACGCGGGACUCAUCUCCCGCCGCCAAGAUGGUCACCCAGAAAGAGAAGAAGAGCUGCGGGCAGGUGGUUGAGGAGUGGAAGGAGUUCGUGUGGAACCCGAGGACGCACCAGUUCAUGGGCCGCACGGGGACCAGCUGGGCCUUUAUCCUCCUCUUCUACUUCGUCUUCUAUGGCUUCCUCACGGCCAUGUUCACCCUCACCAUGUGGGUAAUGCUGCAAACUGUCUCUGACCAUACGCCCAAGUACCAGGACAGACUGGCCACACCGGGCUUGAUGAUUCGUCCCAAGACUGAAAACCUUGAUGUCAUUGUCAACGUCAGUGACACUGAAAGUUGGGACCAGCAUGUUCAGAAGCUCAACAAGUUCUUGGAGCCUUACAAUGACUCCAUCCAAGCCCAAAAGAAUGAUGUCUGCCGCCCUGGGCGCUAUUAUGAACAGCCAGAUAACGGAGUCCUAAACUACCCGAAACGUGCCUGCCAGUUCAACCGGACCCAGCUGGGCGACUGCUCCGGCAUCCGGGACCCCACCCACUAUGGUUACAGCACUGGGCAGCCCUGUGUCUUCAUCAAGAUGAACCGGGUCAUCAACUUCUACGCAGGAGCAAACCAGAGCAUGAAUGUUACCUGUGUGGGGAAGCGAGAUGAAGAUGCUGAGAAUCUGGGCAGUUUUGUUAUGUUCCCUGCCAAUGGCAACAUCGACCUCAUGUACUUCCCCUACUACGGCAAAAAGUUCCAUGUGAACUACACACAGCCCCUGGUGGCUGUGAAGUUCCUGAAUGUGACCCCCAACGUAGAGGUGAACGUGGAAUGCCGCAUCAAUGCUGCCAACAUCGCCACGGAUGAUGAGCGAGACAAGUUCGCUGGCCGUGUGGCCUUCAAACUCCGCAUCAACAAAACCUGAGGCCCCUUCUUGCUGUCCCCACCUCUUUCCUAUGGAUGCUUCUGGAAUGUCCCUGACCCUGCCUGAUCCCUCCCUCACCCACCCCAAAGGUAUUUUUUAUAACAGAGCCAUGAAUUUCUGAACCUGUCAUGCCCUUUUCCCUUACUUCUGAACCCAGUCUGAUGUCCGUUGUAAUUCCCUGCCUUCACACAUUUCCCACCAUCUUUUCCUGACUCGAGCUCAGUCAGACAGGGAGAUGGGAUCCCAACAGGGUCACAAAGUAGCCAUUCUGGUUCUGGUUUAGCUGGGAGUGGGGGUGUCCCCGCAGCUACCCUCCUACCCUGAGAGCUUUAGAAAAUGCCCACCCACCUCCUCUCUUCUCUCCCUCUCCCCCGACCUCUCAUUUUACCCCUUAGCUUCCAGACAGGAAUGUGACACUCCAUGCCUCCAUUUCUAAGCACAGCCACUGUCACCUUUUUCUAUCUCCCACACUUUCUCCCUCAUCUAUGGUCACUGUCUUGGUGGCUUUUGACUUAUCUGGCUCCUCUGGGAGGUCUUUCCCUACCUCCUCUCCAUCCCUAUUCUCUCCUUAGGACAGGUGGCUCUGUGGGCUUUUUCCUUUUUCCUGGCACAUUCUGCUUCUCAUCCUAUGGUGACUGAGUGAGUUGUGAGUAAAGGUCUGAAAGAGAAGUCCAUGUUGGUUCUUCCUGAAAAUUCUCUUCCUGGUCUGUCCUAUCACCCAUAUAGGCACUCCUGAGGCAGGGUUGACCUAAGCUGAAUAUCCACUUUGUUUUUGCCUAUGGCUCCCUUCCCCCUGUCCAUUUUCCCAGAAUAUCCUUCAAGUUCCACUUCCCAGGAGCCCUGGGGGAGGGGCAGCCAUUUUGGAUCGGUCCCCAGUGGCCACCUUGGAAACGUCAGCGGGCUAUGGGACUAUUCCACCUCCUUCCCCGGGCCCAGAUCUGCCCCACCAUCCUCUCACUGGCUUCUCUUAGCAAUUUAUCAACUAAUCACUAACUCCUUCCCUUUCCUCUGCAUGUCAGCCUGAAAGUUGCAAAUACCCCCUCAAUCUAGGCUCUGUCUCCUUCAGACCCCUUUGCAUUUUUAAACAAACCCCCAGUGCCCAUAGAAUUGUAAGAGGGACCACCUGUAUUCUUGAGUUAGAGGCGUUUUAACUUUCUCUUCCAGUGACCUUCACUUCCUCACCUCUCUAAUCUCCCUUUUCUUUUUUGAUGCUGCUGCUGCCACACCUCACCCACAGAUGGACCCUUCCCUUUUUUUUCUUUCUGGAUCUAAGUUUCUUCUCUUUGGGUCCCCAUGUUUUCCUGCACUCCCCUCAACCCAGUGGUCUCUCUCUGCAGUUAUUUAAUGCCUGUGUCAGAUCUACUGUAAAAAAAGAGGAUAAAGUACAAUAAAAUGAGAGCAAUUAUAUAUAUAAAUAUAUAUCAUACACAG